CUAGCUGAUAAUUUAACCAUCGAUUGCAGCAAUCGAUUUUUUUAGACUCGCGUUGUAAACAUUUCUUGAUCUCCUGCUCAAAAAUGGCUGCAGGACCUAUUGCAGAAAGAAAUCAAGAUGCUACAAUUUAUGUUGGUGGUCUCGAUGACAAAGUUUCGGAGACAUUACUUUGGGAACUUUUUGUCCAAGCUGGACCGGUAGUUAAUGUGCAUAUGCCCAAGGAUCGAGUAACUCAAAUGCAUCAAGGUUAUGGAUUCGUGGAAUUCCUUAGUGAAGACGACGCCGAUUAUGCUAUUAAAAUAAUGAAUAUGAUAAAACUGUAUGGGAAGCCAAUCCGUGUGAACAAGGCAUCAGCUCACCAAAAAAAUUUGGAUGUGGGCGCCAAUAUUUUCAUUGGCAAUUUAGAUCCCGAAGUCGACGAAAAACUACUUUACGACACUUUUUCAGCAUUUGGAGUUAUUCUACAAACACCAAAAAUUAUGCGAGACCUCGAAACCGGGAAUUCGAAAGGUUUUGCUUUCAUUAAUUUUGCCAGCUUUGAAGCGUCUGACGCAGCUAUGGAUGCUAUGAAUGGUCAAUAUCUGUGCAAUCGACCCAUUUCUGUUUCUUAUGCAUUUAAAAAGGACUCUAAAGGUGAACGCCAUGGAUCAGCAGCCGAACGUUUGUUAGCAGCACAGAAUCCAUCAUCUCAUGCUGAUCGCCCUCAUCAGCUGUUCGCAGAUUCACCCGUACCAAAUAUGGUGACAGUAAUUCCGGGACAAAUAAUUCCACCACCACCUCUAAUGGCUCCUCCGCCACCGCCUGUUUCGUCCAAUAACAUGUUGCCUCCACCUCCACCUGUUCCGCCUCCACAGGUAACAGGAUUUCCUGCUGCAAUACCACCCCCUCCUCUACCUCCACUUUCUUCUGGACAGCCACCAUUACCACCUCCAGUAGGUAUUCCACCGCCACCACGAAUGUCUACCUACGGUGCAUCACCACAUCCUCCUUUUCCUAAUGGUGUUCCCUCAGCUCCCCCCCGCCUUCCUCAACAUAAUUGGAGACCGCAGGGAUUUCCAACACCUCCAUUUGCACCACGACCAUUUAAUGGGGACUCUUCUACUGUGGGUUAUCAGUACUGACACAUUAAUUUAUACGUGUAUUUAUGUCUCAAUGACAAAAUUAAAAAAAUCAAAUUAAACGUUUCUUUGUUAUAUUUUAUUUUUAUUAUAAGAUUAUAAUAAAUAACUACAUGAAAAUCUAAAUAAAUCUAAAAUAAAGCAAUAAAAAUGGAAAUUUAAAA